AUGCCAAGAAGAAAGGGCUCUAAAAAGAAAAGUGCAACCACUGGUAGAAAGAGAAUCACAAGGAGUUCGAAGAAGGUGGUGGAAGAAAAGUCUCCUAAGGCGGAAGAGGAAGCAAAGGUAGAAGGUAUUGACAAGGGCGAAGAUAUGAGUAAUAAGGAGCCUACAAAGCCGAUCGAGGAGCCUAAGGAGGCGAUUGAGGAGCCUGAGGGGCCCAAGGAGCCGAUCAAGGAACCCUUCAAGGAACCCAUCAAGAACCAGGUCAACGAACCCAUCAACGCACCCACCGUGGAACCCACUAUGGAAUCCACCAAGGAACCCACCCGACGAUCAAUUAACAAUCUGCUUUCAGAAUCAAAGAAACACGAACAUCCUCAUGACAAUGAUAACGAUAAUCCAGAAACCCCCACCAAAAAAAGACAGAUCAACAGACUCUCUAUGGGACAUGCACACCUUCCUACAGAGGCUUCUGUCUCCCAGCUAUUUCAACGACGCGAUAUGAAAGAACUAACCAAUCUGUCUCAAAGUUUAAUGAGAAAAUCCGAGAAAACAUUUCAGGAUUACAAGAAACUGGCAGAGAAACGUGCCAAGAGUGCCGAAUCAAUCAUAUCAAAGCUCAGUAGCGAGAAUUCAAUUUUAAGGAAUAGAAUUAAGGAUAUGAGAAGCGAGUCUAGGCCUCAUAAUGAAGUAGAACAGUUGAAAAAACGUAUAGAAACACUGAAGAAAACCGAAAUGAAUAAAAACGAGGAAAUGGAGAAGCUUAGAACAAGGAAAGAAGAGGUAGAAGCUCAAUUGGAAGAAGCAUUGAAGGAAUUUGAUCUUUUUGACUCUAAACAGGAGAUUAUAGAACUCCUUUCAGGAGCUUCGUGCGUUGCAUACGAAGAGAAUCAAAAGAGUAUUAUAUUUCGAUUGAGACAAACUGGAGAGAUCUGUACAUUAUUCUAUGAAUUGGUAAUUAGCAAAAGUGGACUGGGAGAAUUGGUAUACAUCCCCCUUUUGGAAAAGCCCAAGGAGUGGGAAGAAACCGAGGAGAUUGACUGGGAAACAAAUUUGGUCAACUCCAGAAAGGUUCUGCCUGAGUAUUUGAUGGAUAACUUGACCUUUCCUUCCAAUACGCUGCGUAAUUUUUACACAAAAAUAGCUAGAUCGGUCAGUAAGGGAAGAAUAUAG